AUGGCUAAUCUCGGUUUCGUACACAGUGAUGGCCGUGACAUUGAGAAUCUUCUUUCCUUACAGCUUCAGUUCCCCUGUGGGCCGUGCGCUCCGACAAGGAGGAUGAGCUGGGCUGCUAUGCGGAGCGGCGAAGUCCAUCCACUCAGCAGAAACAUCACCGAUGUAUACUGGGCCAGAUGGAUUUUUGAACACGUCGAGCAGUGGUAUCGGAGCUCACUCAUACAAGAAACAGCUUGCAAGAGCAGAGCUUUGAGAGAUCUAGCAUCUUUUUUAGAUGUGUAUAGUCGCACAGAUUCGUUCAAGCGGGUCGUACGGAAAUUUGAUCGGGUGUGUAUCGCUUAUAAGAGAUUGUGGUUUCACGAAAUACAACACGACGGGCGGACGGAGACUCCGCGGGAGCUGACAGAUCCGUGGUUCGUGGCUUUGGGGCACACUGUUGAUGCUAUUUGCGAAGUUGAAGAUGAAUCCAAUGCCGCCCUUUGGGACGAGGACACAGACUCUGCAGGGAAUGAUGAUCAUCUGUUGGGAGAUGGCAGCGAUCCGCCGGGAGAAGUGUAG